CUGUAUCUCAUCCGGCCCAUCUGCUGAUUUGUGUUGGACGGCACAGGACGUCGGCACUGAGCUGAUGCUGAUUAGCGCUGGACAGGUGCUGGGUAACAUCGCCGAGCGAAUGAGAAAAGGGUUCGGUGAAGGGGGGCAAAGCGUUUUCGGAUCUGCGCGGGCCAACAUGCGGCUUGUAUAGCUCAUAGAAGGGAUAAUAUUGCGAGUGCAUACCAGAAAUCGCUACCAGCAUACCUCGAUACACCAUGCUGCUGUCUUAUCUGCGGAAAAGAGCAGUGCUAUCGGCAACCGCGCCGAGGCAGCCGAGGCUUCUGCUAUCUCAGUCGAUAAAAAUUAAACGCUACGAAGCAUACGAUGCUCGACUGGACCAGGAUGCCUUGGCCGAGGCGCGGCUGUGGUAUAGCUCAUUUGAGGCAUCACAGCUGCCCAAAGGUAGCACUACAUACGCAAGAUCCAGCGGCCCCGGAGGUCAGCACGUCAACAAAACUGAAACUAAGGCAAUAACGGUCUAUCCCGUGAAAGAGCUACUUGGCGUUCUCCCUAAAUUUCUUCAUUCCGCAGUCCGGUCCUCCAAGUAUUACACUGCUGGCAAUGACUCGCUCACGUUCUCGGCGCAGACUCAUCGGUCUAGGUCUGCCAAUCUUGAUGAGAACAAGAGGAAGCUCAUUGACGAGGUUAUGAGCAUCUAUCGCGACAUGACUCCCGCUGAAACAAGCUCUGACAAGAAGAAGAAGUUUCAGGAGGUAGAGAAGCGAUUCCACGAGGCACGAGUCCAGGACAAAAAAUUCAACAGCGCCAAGAAGCAGUCGCGGAGGGGGCCACCGGAAUAGUGAAAACGGCGCCGGAUUUCACCAGAUUGUUCUUCAGCCCCGAUCGCACCACGAGCUACCUAUUUAGAUAACAGCUGCCAAUCAGCUUGGCAAAUUGCUCAACCCUACAGUGGCCGUCUUGGCCAUUGGCUGUUUGGGAGAGCGGCAUCGUUACUAGCCGCCAUGUAAGCUUACCCUCUCUCUUUGCAGCCGCUUAGCCUUAAUACUCGAGCCUCGGCGUAAAACCUCUUGACAAAAAAAAAAAAGGAAGAAACAAUUGUAAUAGAUGUAAGCACCUGUUAAAUACAUCAGCAGAUACAUCUUAU